AUGUUUUCGUCUCAACAAGUGCCAGAGAUUAAACUUGAUGAUGGUUCCACACCUACUAUUCCAGAAGGCAACAUAAGGCGGAGUUUUGAGUCCGUACUCAGUAUAGGAACCACAACGACCACAACUACUACAACGAACCAUAGAUUUGGAUUCUCAAUGAAUUCUAAAUCAGGAUCCAUGAACUACUCUCCAUUGGGCAACAAUUCCAUCUUCGAGGUGAUAAUGAAUACAAGAAAUAAGAAUUGGCUACGAUCACCUACAGCACUAGAUAUACCUUUGGUUACAUUAAGUAGGAAUGAAGUUGCUGAUAACUGGGAAGAUAAGUUGCAGAACUACGUCAAAGAUGUUAAGGAUGAAGUAGCAAUAUUUUCAAGUAGAGUAGAUUUGAAAAGAGUGGAGCAAAUGAGGCAAUUGAACAAUGCGGAAGAGGGAAAUGACUCUGAGUUAAUUAAACAGGUUCCUGACUUUUAUUUUGACAAAGUGUUCCAAUUGGAUAAUGAAAGAACUUUCAAAAAAGUGAUUGAUGGGUUCAACUUGGAUUUAACCUUGAUGGCAGGUGAUGAGGAUGCUACAAGAAGGGAAAGGGAUGAUGGUUUUAUUGAUUUAAAGGAUAAAUUAAAUGACUACCUUGAUUCAGUGGAGCUACUAUUAGUGAAAGAAAUAUCAAAAUCAUCCCAUAAGUUUUUUCAGGCAUUAAGUGAAGUAGACAGUAUUCAAUCCAAAAUUUCCUUGACAAUGGAAGAAUUAGAUGAAUUCUCAAAAAUAAUUCAUACAAUUGAUGAUGAAACGAUACAAAGGAAGAUUGAGAAUAUCAAGAAGUUAUUGAAACGCAAAAAUGUAGAGAAAUUAGAACAGGGUUUGUUGCAAGUUAAACUAGUUUUAGAAAAAGUUGAAGAAUGUAAAGAAAACUAUGCCCAGGAUAAGCUAGACCUUUGUCUACAAAUGAUCAAAUCUAUUGAUUUACUGAUAAGAGGUGAUGAUUCUGAUGAUACUUUAGUGCAGAAAUGGACUAAAUCGUGGCCUUACAGGUUAGCAAACCUGAGAACUGUACCCGCUUUGGUAGAGACACGGGAAUUCUUAACCAACAUGAAAAUAGAGAUUGGUGGUAACUAUUCCUUACAAUUAUCCGAGAUAUUGCUUGAUGACUUACGAAACAGCUAUAAAAAUAUAGAUAUUAACGAGGCAUUGGAUGAAUUACAAAACGGGUAUAGUGCAGACAAGAAAAAAUUGAUACAAAAUUUUGACCGUGAAUUGGAAGACAAGAUAACUGAAUUAAUAAAAAAAUUGAAUAACUGUGAAGAGCUGGUGAGUGCAUUUAGCUUCUAUCAGGAAAAAAUUGUGGUUGCUUUGAAAGCCAUAAUAAAGAAAUAUUUACCCCAUGAAAGUAUUCCUGUGGAAGUACCUGCCUCCGCCAGUACGGAGAGUAUCUCAGGGAAAUCUUCAACACCACAGCCUGUUUCAAGUGGUACAAAGCUUUCAAAAUUAAUCAGAGAACAGACGCCGGCAGAAUUUCAAGAAAUGUUGGUUAAUAUUUUUACACAUUUGAGUGUAGCAUUAAAGAGAUUAAAUGUUCACCAAAAAAAGUUACUGGAUAUUGCACUCAAAGAAGUGUCUUCAAAGGGUGAUGAUGAGGAUACAGCUGAAAACUAUCAUAAUAUGUUGACACAACUAGAUAUAAGAGUGGGAAUUAAUGAAACGAUGAGGAUUGUACAAUUACGUAUGGGUAAAAUCAUUGCUGUAAGAAGAGAGAUAACAUCUACUUUAAGUGCAGAGUAUUUCUUAAAACUGUUUUCCAUUGUGGUGCUAUUUAUACAGUAUUGUGAAUCUCUUAGUGGUGAAUUUUUAACGAAAUAUUUGAGUGAUGUACUUACAUCUCAGAUCAAACAUUACAUUUCCAGUUGCGAUCCGAAGAAUAUAAGAUUGAUUCAAAAGAAGAUUGAACUUGAAAAUUGGGUGCCAUUUAUUGUGAGUCCGUUUUUCCAAAAGAGAGUUAAUGAUAUUGUAAUAUGUGUAGAUAUCGAUCCAAUUUCAUGGACGAAUAUGUCAGAAUUGACGGCUGAGAAAGAAGAAGACGAAAGUGGUGUUGAAAAGCCAGCAGGUAACAGGAAAUCUAUUGUUGUUGGUGAUAAAACUUUUGUAGCAAGUGAUUCUCUAUUGACCGCAAUUGAUAUAAUCAGAGAAUUGCUUAUCAUGGCUACGAAUCUGCCACCUUUGUACCUAGCAUAUUUUGAGAAACUCUGCUAUAAUGUAUUGAAAAAUUUCAAUAACUAUGCCAUGUCCUCCAUAUGUGAGCCUGGAACCACUAAUAUUAUGAAGACGAAUAAGAAUUUGUCAGUCAUGACAGAAACCAUGGACUGUCUUGCAGAGAUCAUUGGGAUAGUGCAGAGGUUCUUCCAAAGAUUGGCAAACUCCACUAGAGAUUUUGAACCAUACGACCCUGCAAACUAUGCCACUUUAUUGAAACAGUAUCGUUCUUCCUCCGAGAGAAUCUACCAGGCACACGCACCACCUCCCCCAGUCUAA